UAUUUGAUUAAGAUGAUAUAUGAAUAACUAUAAAACUUAAUAUUGAUAAUCUUUAUAACUUUUGUAUGGAUGUAAUCCACAUCUAAUUUUUUGAAGAAUAUCUUGAAUUGUGCAGUGGGAAAAGAUGGACACUCCAGACAAAUCCAGUUCUCCUCCAGCUCCACCUAAGCGCAAAAGUCCAACCGAUCGACAAAUGCAUUCGACUGCGUCAAUGACCUCCACAAUUAAAGUUGACGACAUUACCAAUCUGGUGUCUGUACUAGAAAGUACAGUUUUAAAGACACUGCGUCUCGAGAUCCCUACCAUCAUCCAGCAACAUCUUGAAAGAUCUUUCGAUGCAAACCAGGCCUUCACCAAUAGUCCAAAUUUGGAGAAUUCAAUAACAUCAUUGAAAGAGUCAAUAAACGAGAUAAGAUCUGAAGUAACAUCCUUUACUGAAAUCAAAAACGAAAUCCAUGAAAUCAAAAUAAGCCAGGAUUUCGUGUCGAAAAAAUUCGACGAGUUGAGAUCAAGCCAAAUCGAACUCAACAAAACUGCAACCAAAACAAAAAAAGAGUUAUGGAACUUGAAAAGCUUGUGGAAGAGCUAGAGGAAGAAGUAGAUAUACUAACUGAGAGACAACAGGACCAAGAACGUCGUUCCAGGCUGGCCAAUCUGGAAUUUCACAAUAUUCCUUAUUCGAACGGGGAAAACUGUGAAAAUCUAAUCUCCAAGAUAUGUGAGAAAAUUAAUGUUCCUCUGAAAUCCUUUGACAUCUCCAAUUGCCAUAGAAUGUCAAAAAACAAUAAGAAAAAGCCAUCACCAAUAAUUGCAAAUUUUAUAAACAGAAAAACAAGAAACCAAAUAUUGAAGAAUCGACGUAGACUGAAGUCCUUAGACAUUUCUACAGUUUUCCCGAGCUUUUCUAGAUCCACCAAAAUCUUUGUCGUAGAAAAUCUAACCGACACGAACAAAGAUUUAUUUUUCAAAGCUAGAGAUCUGAAGCAAGCCUGUGGCUAUAAGUUUCUGUGGACUAACAAUGGCAAAGUGCUCAUUAAAAAGAAUUCAGACACUCCUACCAUCCCAAUCAUUACGGAGGAGGAUCUACUUUUCAUAAAACUUGGGCAUGUGGCUCUGCCAUUACAUGAAUGCAUAAGUCUGUACAGCUGUAAGUACGUUAAUCUAAAGGCAUAUUAUUGAAUAUUUUUAAUAUUAUUAUCUUAUCAUACAUGCCUUUUCAUCUCACAUUAUGUAGUGUUGCUUACUUCCUCUGUCGAUAUAAUCAUUUCACUUGUCAAAUUUAAAUAUUAUUGAUGUCUCUUUAACUCAUAUAACGAAUUCUCCCCUUUUCUGGUUGCUAACUAGUAACUACGCUAUACGGCGUCAUGUUAGUCAUGAAAUUUCUCUGUUGUUUUUACGCUCACCCGAGCAUGACAUUAUAAAGCAAAACUGACUUAAUCAGUCACUCUUUCCCGAUUGACUUGCAUCAUAUUUACUUUUUAUUUCCUGAAUUAAAUUCGCUCAGCAAGUCAUGAUGAUAUCAUCCAAUUCAUAUUUUUUUUUUUUUUUUUUACAUUUAUUCAAUGUCAUCUGUUCAUCAAUAAAUCAACACGGUGUCGUUGACACGAUGACUUUUGCAGUCUUUCGCGGCUCCGCGUCAAUUGCGAUAUAUUGUAUGCAUGUAUACUUCAGUCUUCAAUUGAUUUUUGUAUUAUCAUUAUAAUUGUUUAAUUGCGUACAAUAUUUCAUGCACGACGAAAUAAAACUUCUGAGUUCUG